CUCUCAGUCUCAGUCUCAAGUUUCUGAGCUCUAAAUUAGAGAUUUAGGGUUAGGGUUUAACCGUUUCUUCAUCUUCAAUCUCUUCAUAAUUCCGAUCUAAUAUGGCCAUGGAUCCCACUAAGAAGCGCAAGCUCGACGAGAACGGCUUCGGCGACGCCGAUUCAGAACAUCUCAAUCUCUCUCCCUCCGAAGCGCGCAAGAUGAUGGAGCGUUUCACCCACGACCAGCUCCUCGACAUCCUCCAGGACGCCGCCGUCCGCCACCCUGACGUCCUCAACUCCGUCCGCAUCGUGGCCGACCCCGACGUCUCCCAGCGCAAGCUCUUCAUCCGCGGCCUCGGCUGGGACACAACCACCGACGGCCUUCGCUCCCUCUUCUCCGCCUUCGGCCUCCUCGAGGAGGCCGUCGUCAUCCUCGACAAGGCCACCGGAAAGUCCAAGGGCUACGGUUUCGUCACGUUCCGCCACGUUGAUGGUGCUCUCCUCGCUCUUAGGGAGCCAAGCAAAAGGAUCGACGGCCGCGUCACCGUCACGCAGCUCGCUGCGGCGGGGAAUUCCGGUUCCAACACCAACGCCGCCGACAUUGCGCUUCGAAAGAUUUACGUUGCUAACGUGCCGCCGGAUCUCCCGGCGGAUAAGCUGCUGGCACACUUCUCCGUCUAUGGUGAAAUCGAGGAGGGGCCGUUAGGGUUUGACAAGCAGACUGGAAAAUCAAAAGGGUUUGCGCUUUUUGUGUACAAGACUCCUGAGGGGGCACAGGCAGCACUAUUGGAGCCGGUGAAGAACGUGGAGGGGAGGCAGCUGAAUUGCAAGCUCGCGAUAACUGACGGGAAGCAAGGGAAGCGCGGUGGGCCUGGGCCUGUUGGGCCGGAUGGAGUUCAGGGUCAUGGGAACGCUCAUCAUGGUCAUGGGGAUGGGAUGGGGUUGGCUCCUUCAGCGGGUUCUGGGCCUGGGUCGCUUUCGGGUCAGUAUGGUGGUCCGGUUGGUUUGGGUUCUUAUGGUGGGUUUCCUGGUGGACUUCAGGGUCAACCUCCGAUGGGUAACCAUCCUCUGAAUUCGUCUGUUGGUGGGUUGUCUUCGAUGGGGAAUCAGGCGCCUUCGGCUAUGGGAAGUGCUGGCGGUUACGGUGCUGGGCUGGGUGGUCAUUAUGGUGGCUAUGGUGGGCCCGGGUCGACAGGUUUUGGUGGAUUGGGUGGUGGUGGUGGUGGUGGUUUGGGAGGAGGUAGUGGUGGUGUUGGUGCUGGAGUUGGUGGUGGUGCUGGUGGACUUGGUGGUUCUGGUGGUGCUUUAGGUGGAGCUGGUUCUUUGUAUAGAUUGCCGAGUUCAGCUGGAAUGCCCGCCCCUAGUGGGUAUCAAGAGAGCGGACAUUAUAGUUUAUCGGGUUCAUCUGGCUACCAGAAUCAGCAUCAUCCCCCUACUGGUGCUUCGCCUGUGCCUAGGGUUCCACCUGGUUCAAUGUAUCCCAAUGUGCCCCCUUACUACUGAGGUGUAUCAUCGCUUAUUGGGCGCAGAUGCUUUGUAUGCUUCUGGUGAUUGCGUGAUUGCAGACUAUGUGCUCUGGUGUAAUGAAUAUGUUAGCAUGUCCUUUUACAGCCUCUUGACUUUAUCUGCUCCCUUUUUAAGCUUUGAUUCAUUGAAUGUUGUUAGUUAAGGCCACUGAGAUAGACUAGUUUUGUACUUUUAGCUGGAUUAUUGGGACUGUUUUGGCCUAUGUUUUAAUUAAAUAGUUCUGGAUUUUGAUUAUUUUUAUUGGCUGAGUUUGUAUUUAGUUACAUUUUCCUUUUAAUUUUAAAACUAUUAGUUUCAUAUUGUGGCUGUUUCAUUUCGUUUUGUUUAUCCUUAUUUUCUGUUGCAAUGUUCUACCGUGUUGAUUUGAUGCUAUGAUUACCUCAUAAUUUUCUUUGGAUAAUGUAAGCCAUGUUGUAACCAUAAUGCUGUCAACAAUAUCUAAUGGUAAAUCAACUUUGCUCAUCCAAUAAGCAUUUUUACUUGACCAAAAAAUUCUUACAUUUGGGAUUUUUAUAUCAGUUAUCCUGUUAAUUUCCAAAGUCACAGAUGGUCUGGUUGUAAAUAAAUUGUGAUAUUGACCGUUUUACUAUCUAUUACUAUGCCUUGGAUCAGCUCCCACAUAUUAACUUCGCAGAAGAUUUCUGAAAUUAAGAGUUAUGAUAUCAGUUGUUCUGUACAUUCUUGAAAAUCACUUACAGCAUUUUCUAAAUAUGGGCUGCAAAUAAUUAAAAUCGUUAUAUUGUCCAUUUUAAGUAAAUUGUGGUAUUGAUUGUUUUACUAUCUAAUACUAUGUCUUGGAUUAGCUCCUUCAUCUUAGCAACAGAUUUUUGAUAUUAAUUAUGAUAUAAGUUAUUCUGUAUAUUGAAGGGCCGGCCUGGCUCAGCGGUAAGCUUGCUUAUCGUGGUGUUCCAGGUCAGGGGUUCGACUCGGCCCCCCCUGCAAAGCAGGGGUGAAGCUUGACUCAAAUUUUCCUUCCCCAGACACUCACGGAGUGGGUCUUGAACUGGGUUGGCCUUUUUUUUUUUAUUCUGUAUAUUGUUUAAAAUCACAUACAACAUUUUUUAAAUAUGGUCUGGCAAGUAUUCAAAUCGUGAUAUUGUCAAUUUUACUUGUAUAGGCCUUUGAUUGACUUUCACGUUCCUAUUUUUUUCUGAGGCACCUCCGUUGAGCUAUUGUUCCCUUGUUUAAUUGCAUCGGGUUUGUGCUGUAUGAGUUUAUUGUCAAUACCUUUCUGGGUUGCACAGUGUUGCCCAAGACUGCUGUUGAUACUCCUCAACAAUACCAAAUUUUAAUCUUUAGUAGAGUGCACUUGCUCCUUGGGUACUGUGAAGUAUUGUCUUUUUACGUACAAACAUGAGUAUGUGUGUCAAACCACUUUGUAUGAUUUUAUCCUCAUAGUAAAGAUCCUGAUGUGAAGCUGGUUUGUGAUAGCUGUGAAAUUGUAAAUUUCACUAUGAUGCUGUUUUCCAUUUUAUAGGAUUUAGUUUGUUUUACUGGUUGAUGAUGAAUGCCUUGCUUCCUUCUGUUUUUCCUUCUAUGUUUUUUUUUUUCUCCUCUUUAAGAUUUAAGGUUUGGAAAAUAAUGCAUUCUUAAACAUGAGAUGAUCUUAAAAUUUUACAGUAGUGGUCUGAUCUUGGAUACUUGGGUUGACUGGUCUUUUUGUUUUCUCUGGAACUAAGCCUGGAUUGUCUCAAGAAUUUAUUUAUCUAGCCGUCUAUUUUCUGUCUGCUGCUACACCCAUCCUAUCCCUGGCCUCUCCCAUUUACAGCAUAAUUGCACGCUAACUCUUGUGGAAUUUAUUAGAUGCCUAGUCUCUGUAUUUAUUCUUUUAACUUUGGGCGUAUUCUACGAGGAAUUCGCUUGUCUACUAUAGAUAUUUCAAUCUUUUGGGGUGCUGUUAUGCUUUAUCCAAUCUUAUUUUGUAGGUUGUACUGCUUGAGAUUGAUACCUGUGUGUUA